UGGAGGUGCGUUGGCUGCCUCACCUCGACUGAAACCAGGAAGUGACUGUCGAGAGCUGGCGGAGGAAAACACCAACUUAUUUUGGUCAGUUGAGGUUCGCAUCAGAACAGUCUGAGAUGUUGAGAUGAAGAUUCAUGGGAAGAUUCUCAGCUACUUUGAAUCAUGUGACUCUCCUGUGGACAAAGAGGGCUACCUCCAUAAAAAGGGGGAAAUAAAGACUUCCUACCAAAAACGUUGGUUCCUGCUGAAGGGCAACCUCCUGUUCUACAAGGAUCGCCCGACCGACCGUGACCUGGUUGGAGUGAUUGUUCUGGAAGGCUGCACAGUCCAGCUGUGUGAGUCGGAGGAGCAGUUUGCCUUCUCCCUGGUGUGGAGCGAGCCGGGACUACGCACCUACAAAUUUGCUGCUGAGGACCAGGAGAGUCAGGAGAACUGGAUCAAGGCUCUGCUCACUGCCAACCACAGAUACCUCAGCCUGCUAGUGAUGGACUUGGAAAAGAAGUACCUCGAGGCUUUAGGUCCGUCACCCAAUGUGGUCCCGCCAUAUUUCAACCCCACAGAAUCCACAUUUCAUCUCACCCCUCAGAGCUCGAGCACUUCAGCAUUUACAUCGUCGGGUUUGUCCGGAGCCGGACUGAGUCCCAACCUGAUGCUACCAGCUCCUGCAAUUUCACCCAAAUCCGCUGUGAGGCGGUCGCCCAAACUGUGGCCAAAAAGAACAGCGAACGUAGCUCCCCUCAACAGCCAGGCACCACCCAUGGCUGAGUGGCCCAGAGUCAGAGAGGAGUUCAGCCAGCUCCACGAGGAUUUUGGGAAAGAAGUGAAGAGCUUGAUCGCUGAGUGGUCCAGGAGGCAUGGUGUUGGCGAUGCUCAACAAAACUUAAUUGACUUUGGCUAACAUGAGCGGUGUUGCACAGCUAAUGAAGUGUUUUAAUUCACCAUGAUGUUUGUGCUAUAUCUGUAUUUUUAGAAUGUUAUCAAGCCCUGUUUACAAUCUGCUCUUUCCACACCUGUUCUUGAAAACCUGAUGCUUAAAAUAAGUACAAGCUGGAGAACUGUGAACACUUGAUGUCUAAUGAUCUUUGGUGGUGAUGGAGUACCUGGUGUAGAAGCACGUCUGGUGACAUGUUCAUCGUUUCUUUCACACAUUUGAGUUCUUUGUCAUGCAUGUUAGCAUUACAACAACAGGCUGGGUGGCUUUUCUUGUUUCAUCUCGGUAAUGGGAGGCUGAGAACGUAAUAAUAAAAUCUAGACAUUUUCGUUUAUCAAUAGUAAUUAAAGGGCAGAAACUGUGAUUCCGUGUGAGCAUGUGUGAUUCUUGUGUACAUGUGUACAAAGUUUUCUCACCUUUUGGCCACUAUCUGCCUGGUGUGGCUCUUCAGCAUCAUAAUCUGUUCUAAAUAUUUAUAAACGGAGGAGGAGUAAGUAAGUGUUAUGUACACACACAACAGUCACGUGUGUUGCAACUCAUCACCAGCUCCACUAUGUCAACAUAUAACAAUAGCUGUUUUCAAUGACAAAAAAUGGGCUCCGUUCCACACAGUGGUCACAUUUAUGACAUUUUCUUUUACACAAUUUUUAGUCAGUUUUAUACAAUGGAUUUGAGCGUUUAUAACUGUUGUAGUGCAUACUGGAACUUGUAGGAUAAGUCAAAAUAAUUUGACAGGUCUGCCUAUCAAAUAAAUAAA